UACUUCCAUAUGCAAUUUUGUUGUGGUUGGAAAUAUUAGCAAAAGGUCUUUUUGGUUAUUUUGACAGUUAUUUGCUUCUUCGCUAUGAUGCGAGUCAUUUGGUAUGAGAGGUCUGAAUUGAUUUGUCGGUUUAUAUAUACAUACACAUUAAAAACCAGGAUAUUACGAUAGAAUUUAGAAUUAUUGAUGACCAUUUUGAUUCCGUUUCUGUCCUUUCCAGGUUGUUGUUCCUUUGACUUAGAUGAACCAUUCAAUGAUCUUGGCCUUUAAAAGAAAAUCACAUUACAAAGAACAAUACUCAAACGUUAAUUUGGCAGUUGCACUUGCUAAUGCAUGUCAACUCAAAGUAGGUCUACUAGAUGCUGACAUAUAUGGGCCAUCUGUUCCUACAAUGAUGAAUCUCCAGGGAAAGCCAGAAGUGAGUAAAGAUAUGAAGAUGAUCCCUGUUGAAAACCAUGGAGUUCGAUGUAUGUCCAUUGGGUUUCUUGUCGACAAGGAUGCACCAAUUGUAUGGAGAGGUCCUAUGGUAAUGAGUGCUCUUGAGAAAAUGACAAGAGGAGUUGCUUGGGGAGACCUUGAUAUCCUUGUUGUUGACAUGCCUCCUGGCACUGGAGAUGCUCAGCUGUCAAUAUCCCAAAGACUGCAGUUAUCUGGUGCCUUGAUUGUUUCAACUCCACAAGAUAUUGCAUUAAUUGAUGCACGUAGAGGGGCUAAUAUGUUCCGCAAAGUUGAAGUCCCUAUUCUAGGACUAAUUGAGAACAUGAGCUGGUUCAAGUGUCCUCAUUGUGGUGAAAAAUCUUACAUAUUUGGAGAUGGUGGUGUACAAAGGACAGCCAAGGAAUUGGAUAUGAAGUUUCUUGGAGAGAUACCUUUGGAGCUAGAUAUAAGGAGUAGUUCUGAUGAGGGCAACCCCAUAGUUCUUGCAGCCCCGAAUUCUGGAGUUGCAAAAGCAUACACCGAUGUGGCGGAAAAGUUAACCAAACAACUCAAGGAGUUGGCAGAGGAACGGCAACUAGGCCCACAGAUUAUGUUGUGAGAUGUCACAAUCUGGAGCUUCAUUAUAAGAUAACAAUGUGCCUAAAUUGCCUUCCAAAAUGGACAAUAGGUUUCAUCAUAUGCAGUUGAGGUACUUCUAAGAAGUUUGCUAAAUGGGAAAAGAAACAUAGCAAUAAUAGACGAGCAACAAGUGAUCAAGGACCCUGAAGGGUACAUGGACAAAGAUAUCUGUGCAUGUAAUAUAAUUUUUGGUAUUUAGAUUACGAGGUCAGGCUGGCGAAUUUGUUAUAUAAAAACCUAUGCAUGUAAAGCAACUGAUGAGGAUCAGAUUAGUUGUUUCCUUGUAACUGUUUUUGUAACUGAGUUAUUAAGAACAGUUGAGGUAGAAUUCCAAGAAAUUUAUUUUGAA